UAUUACAUAUAAAUAUAUAUGUAUAUAUAUAUAUAUGUUUAUGUAUAUACGUAUAUAUUGUUAAGGCCGAACAACUGCUAUUGAAAGGAUUUCCUGAGAAGAUUGUCAAGUUAAAUGAAUUAUUGGAGACACCUGGAUUUUGUAACAGAAAACUGUCGGAUGUUCAUCAAGAUUUAAAUGUGCCUAUUCCAGAUCCAAUAAUUCUUAAUCAUUCCGAAUAUGUACCUUCCGCUAAGAAACCUAAAGCAGACAAUAGCAUAGACAAUACCAGUGGAACUAAAGUAAUGGCAUUACCAAAUGGACCUGUACCAUGUAACAAACCUCUGUGCGAUCUCAUUUGCAUAGUUAAACCUCAUAUUCGACAAUUGCUGGAAGAUUCUAAUUUGUUGAAAAUGUGGGUUUCCUAUUUAAUUCCAAAAAUAGAAGAUGGAAAUAAUUUUGGAGUAUCAAUUCAGGAAGAUACACUUGCGGAAAUACAGUCCGUUGAAAGCGAAGCUGCUGGAUUUUUUGAUCAAAUAUCUAGGUAUUUCAUCUCUAGAGGAAAGGUUAUCAGUAAGGUUGCCAAGUAUCCACACAUUAGCGACUAUAGAAGAGCAGUCCAGGAGUUAGAUGAAAAACAGUAUGUGAGUUUGUGGCUGGUUAUAUGUGAAGUCCGUAAUCGUUAUUGUUCUCUACAUGACUUGGUAAUCAAGAAUCUGGAGAAAAUUAAAAAACCUCGUUCUUCUAAUACACAAUCCUUGUAUUAAACUAUACAUUAUACAUAUUAU